AUGAGCAACUUGCUAGAUUCUCAAAGAGAUGAUGAUCAUCAUCAUCGAUCAUCUGCAACAACAAGAUUACUGACCGAUGAAAGUGAAGAAGGUGAAAGAAGAUCAGAACAUGCCAAGAAUAUACGUAAUCGUCAUGACAAUGAUUGGAUGGAUGAAGAUGAAGAUGAUGAAGAAGAAGAAGAAGAAGAGAGUACUGUCACUGCAGUCGGAUUAAGAAAGAGAAAGAAUGGUGGAGUAAAGAGUAGUAAAUCAAAAAUCAAAAGAUUAUUGUCAACCAAGGAUGAUAGAGUACCUUCAACUGUGGAAUCACACCUUAGACGAUGGAAAGACAUUUACAACCAAACAGACAAUAUCAAGCAAAAGAAAGAGACAAAGUAUGAUUUCAAACUAUUACCACGUCGUCGGUCUUCUGAACCAACCUCGGUCGAGGAGAAUCAAGCUCGUCACCAAUUUGCAGUGCUCAUGAAGAACAAGGUGUUUGUCAUUGCAUUCACCUAUCUGUUGAACCUCUGUUCCAACCUCUUUACCUAUUUGGCGUCGCUAGUCAAUUACUUCAUCAUUGCAAUCCCACUCUUCCUCCACUGGCAAACUUCGAUCGAGUCGUUUGACGUCACCACCUUUUCAUACAACUGUAUCAUGUUGGCCAGUGGUUUCAGCCAGUACAUCAACGUCUCCACCAACAUCUCUCAAAUGUCCAGCUACAUUCAACGUAUAUCCACCAUGAUUGAAUCAUGCGAUCAACUCUACCUACAAAAGAAAAAAGAAGAUCAAGAGAAACUUGAAAAGAAAUCAAACAACCUCAACAUCAACAAUCCUCCAACCAAUCAUUCUAUUCAAUUCAACUCUGGUAACAUUAUUGAUAAUAAUAAUGAAGGUAAACAAUUAAUUGUAAAUUCAAGUAUUGAAUCUAUCAUUUUAGAAAAUGUUACUUAUUUUACACCAAAGGGUAGAACACUUUAUUCAAAUGUAUCAUUUAAAGUUGAAAAAGGAAAUAAUUUAUUAAUAAUGGGACCAAGUGGAUGUGGAAAGAGUUCAUUGGUUAGAGUUAUUAAUGGAUUAUGGUCACAUUAUACAGGAACUAUUACUCGACCAUGUAACAAUCGAUUAUUCUUUCUUUCACAACAACCUUAUUUGAUUUUUGGAUCUUUGGAAGAUCAGAUUGUCUAUCCCUACACUGUGGCAACUCAUAAUAUCCCACCAUCGGAAUUGAGAGAAUUAUUUGAUCGAUUGUCAAUGGGAUAUUUAAUCGAUAGAGAACAAGAGAUAAAGAGACGUGGUGAUCUCAACGACUUGACACACAAUUGGCUUAAUCAAUUGUCACCUGGUGAACAACAAAUCAUCAGUAUUCUCAGAAUGUUUUAUCAUAGACCAAUGUUUGCAAUGAUGGAUGAAUCAACCAGUUCCAUUCCACAUGCAACCGAAGAUCUUGUCUAUCAACAAUGUCAACAACUUGGAAUCACCGUAUUAUCAGUUGGACAUCGUGAAUCACUCAUCAAACAUCAUCAACAAUUAUUAUUAUUUGAUAAUCAAAUGAAUUGGUCAGUUAAACAAAUAAACUAA